UGCGGACACAAUGUUCAUCGAAAAAAUAUUUUUUCAUUCUUUUAGCAAAACUAUAUCCGCAAUUCAGCCUCUCCGGGGCGGGAGGCAGAGAUGAUCAAACGAACCGUAGGGCGCUGCAUUAUUACAGAAUAAUAACACAAACCCUAGUCCCAAAAAUCAAAAAGGAAAAAAAAAUCAGAUAACAAACUUAUCACUUCGCUGCGAGAUUCAAUUCCCAUCUUUAAAAUUCUCAAAUCCGAAUUCGAUUCCCAAUUCCGCCUCUUGUUCAGAAAUUGAUUCUGUGUCGUUACAGGUUCGUUCGUAUCUCUCUUCUCUUUCAUUCGUUCGUUCAAUGUUUACUGCUGACUGGCGGAACAUCAAACAGCAACAUAAUCCUCAACUGGGAAAAUUUCUCUGCACGACAUGUCUGAUGAACGAGCAGUGCAUCCUGAUUGCCGGAAUGCUAGUAACCCUUAUCAUGAAUGUAGUGAUUACUGUUUUAGAGUAAUAGCUGAAGCCAAAAUUAGGUCACAACAACAGGAAUCAGAAGUUGGACAAGCUAGUGGUGGAAACAACUCUAAGCAAGCCAUCCCAGAUGAAUCCUAUGUGGAAAAGGAAAUACACAAUGGCAGACCCGAUCUUGAAGCAAACUCUGAUAGUGAUCCUGACCAGCCUGCUGUGCAGGAAGCAGAGCAAGAGGUUGACUACACAAAACUUUCUGCGAGACAGAAAAAGUGGAUGGAGUUGAGAGCCAAGAUGCAAGAAGCAAAAAAGCGUAAUCAAAUUGAAAUAGCUGCUGAGAAAAAGAGGAUGGAAGCUCCAACCGAGUCUAGGGGUGUUUCUAAACAGAAGUGGCUCGAGGAUAGGAAGAAAAAGAUUGGAAAACUUCUUGAUGCAAAUGGAUUGGAUAUGACAAAGGCAUAUAUGCUUGACACACAGGAGGCAGCAGAAGAAAAAUACAAGAAAUGGGAGAAGGAUCCUGCUCCAUUUGGGUGGGACGUCUUUAAUCAGAAGACAUUAUACAAUGCAUACAAAAAGCGGACCAAGAAUGUUGAAGUCGAUGUAGAAGAAUAUAAUAGAAUGAAAGAAGCUGAUCCAGAGUUUUACCGUGAUGCUUCAAGUCUCCAGUAUGGAAAGGCACCAAAAAUCUCAGAGGAGAAGAUUGAUAGGAUGGUACGGGAGCUAAAGGAUAGGGAUGAGAAGCGCAACUCUUUUAGCAGGAGAAGACGCUUCCAUGAAGAGAAAGAUAUUGACUCAAUCAAUGACCGUAAUGAGCAUUUCAACAAGAAGAUUGAGCGAGCCUUUGGUAAAUACACGCUGGAGAUUAAAAAUAACCUUGAGCGAGGAACUGCAUUGCCUGACUAAGGUACUUAUGUAGUGAUGUGUUUUAUUUCACACUGUCCUGAUAGUGAUAAGUUUCAGUGGUGGAUUGCACUUUUUAGAGUGCUUUUUAAUCAUGUAAUAUUAUAGUCUAAUAUUUUGCAAUGCACAUAUGGAGCAUUGCGGAGUCAUUUCGAACUUCAAAUAUUAUAUGCUUGCUUGAGAUAUGGGUUCUUCUUAGAGGUACUCUUUCCAGUCAUUAUGUAGAUAUGGAAUUAAUUUGUGGAGUUUUCAAGGGAAUUUAUACCUCCCCACGUAUAUGUAAGCCUGAGUUUGAUCGGGGUUAGGUUUUUUUCCCUCUCCUUUCAUUUGGGAUCGUGAUCUAAUGCAUUUGGGAUUUAAUUUGUUAUCA